GUCUGUGCAAGUAGAGGUGAAACGUUAUAUUGUGGGAGGAAGUGAUGGUUAAGUUUCUGUCAGUCUUACGUAGAUGUCUUGGAAUGUAUAUCUCCUUUCCACCAACUCCCAGAUUUGUUUUUCUUUUUGGCUGCACUGGGUGGCAUGCAGGAUCUUUUCCUGACCAGGGAUUGAACCAGUGCACCCUACAGUGGAAGCAUGGAAUCUUAAUCUCGACUACCAGGGAAAUCCCGAUUUGGGGGCUUUUGAGUGGACUUCAGGGCAAUUGAAAUGAGUCACCUGCCUGGCCUUCCCUGCCAGAGUCCUGAGUCCUCCAGUACCAGUCCUGAAUUAUUCUCAACCCUUGACUAUGAGUACAGUGCUAGAGAGCUACCUGGUAAAAGGAAGGGUGUGCUAAUUGUUACUGAACAGAUAAAAUUCUCUACUCUUCUGUAUGCAAAAGGCAGGGGAGAUUGUGCAUCAAAUGCUUACCAUAGUCCUGUAGUGAUGAAUUAGUUUCCUCUCUUCUUCAGCCUUUCAAGAAGGAACAGUACAAUGUCUAUUUCUAUUUUCCUACUCUUACACAGUUGUAUUCUCCCCUUGAAAAGAGAAGCUGUUCAACUUGAACCUUGAGUUGGAUGCUCAACUCAGAUCUGCCUAUUUCUCUAAAAUAGCAAAAUCCCCGCCCCCAAGUAAAGGAUGUUAGAAAAUGAAAAGUGGAAAUUCCCUGGCGGUCUGGUGGUUAGGACUCUGCAUUUUCACCACCAUGGCUUGGGUUCAGUCCCUAGUCAGGGAACUAAGAUCCCCCAAGUCUUGUGGCACAGCCAAAAAAAAGUGGUGUUCUGAGCAGGCAAGGUGUCAGCAAAGAGGCAGACUGACCUGUAGAGAUCCUCCAUGUGAAGGUCUGUGCAUCUGCCUGAUUACAGCAAGGGUUCUGCUACCUACCUCAGCCGCCUGGGCUACAACAUGGAAGUUCUUCCUCCUCUACACCCUCAGUGACUAAUUCAGGCCUUGUGUCAACCCUUUCCAUUCUUGUUUGCUAGGGGUACCAUCACCUUAUCCCGUGUCUGAAUUAUUGCACCCUUUUCCUGGCUGGCCUCCCUGACUCGGAUAUACUGGAUUUUCAGAAUUGUGGUUCAUUUAGUACUCGCUGCUUCCCAGUAAAAUAGUAAACUCUUGAGAGUGCAGGGACCAAUUCUUGUACUUUUUUUUUUUUUUCUUAAUCCCUUAGACUAGUGUUUUAUAUAGGGAGUUGAACACUUUCAGUAACAUUUUGAUUAUGUGUUCAAGAAAGAUAAAAGCAAAGCAAAAUACUAUUAAUAACAGGAUUAUGCAUCAGGAUUUAGCAAGGAAACAUCAAAGAUGAAGAUUUUUCUCUAUAUCCUCCACAUUGCCUAGCUCACUGCCAGACCCAUGGUAGUUCAGCAAUUGUUGACUUCAUGAAGGCUUAACAUUCAUUGAGAGAUUCAAAGACUUAGGCUGAUGGGAUGGAAAAGUGAGAGCAAUGUGUCAGCCCUCCUCUGCCUACUGUCAACCCAGCUGUGUCCCCAACAGAACUCCCACAAGGAAUAGAAUCUUUAUUGAAUACCAAAACUGUCCCUUCCCGAAUCUGAUCCUGUUUGAGUUAAUGAUAGUACCCAUCCUGCCAGCCAGCCAGCAUAGCUCUGAAUUACUUUUGACACCUCCCUACCACAUGGCAGUUGCUGAUUGUGUAAUCUCUGCCCUCCUUUGCUCCUGCCACCAGUACCCUGGUUCAGGCCUCAUCACCUUUAACUGAGAGGAUGGUAGGCACCAUCCAUCUGAUCUUCCCACUAAGUCCUGCCUUUUCUAAUCCCUUCUAUCCAUAGGCAGCUAGUAUAAUUCUGAUUGGAGCACCACUUAUCAUGUAUCUUAUUCUCUGAUUUAUUAAUUAAAAAAUCUGAUUCUCCAUCUCCUGUGGAUUAAAGUUCGGAUUUCUCAGACAUUCAGGGACCUGCAGUGAUGAGAUUCCAGCCUUCAUUCCACCCUCAUGCCCCAGUCCUCUCCUGUGUUGACUACUUACCUUUCUCUAUAACUGACCUCUGUUCUGCUGUUACUUCCUGUGUUGAAAAACCCCUUCAUUCUCUGACAAAAGGCAAUAUAGUACAAUGGUUAAGAACAUGAGUUCAAGCACAAAUGUGUUUGACACACAGUUUUCGCCACUCUGUGUACACUUGGACUAUUUACCUAAAACCCCGUGCCACAGUUUUAGCAUUUCUAAAGUGGACAUAAUAGUAGCUAAUUCAUAGGGUUGUUAUGAAGAAGCUGAUAAUAUAAAUGACUUCAGCUAGGUAUCACCCCUACCUUUUUCAAGGCAUUUACUAUUCUGCUGCAGUUAUAUGUGUUCAUGUCAUGUCUUAACUCUCUCUGGACUAAGUUUUUUAAGGAUCCUUGACAACUGUCUUUGUAUCUCUUACCACUGAAUGUCUUCAACAGAAUGAGAAUGUAUUAAAAACCUUGGUGAAGUGUGAGUUAAUUUGGGGCUACACACGGUACACCAGUAAUACAGUUCCACUCAGCUGAGGACUGGGAGGGUGGAAGGUAAGUAUUACGUGCCUGCUGUGAGCUUGGCACUGGGAAUUCAGCAGUGGAGGAGGCCCAGACUAAAGUUCAAGGUGCUUCUAACCUAGAACGGGAUAGGAUUUUGAGCUGUGUGCUCAAAGGAGGUGAAUUAUGAGGACAAAGGCGGUGCUGCAGGGAUUCCAGAAUGGCCUGGGGAGUUGGGUGGGAUAAGAUGAUGGUUAAGUUUGAUCAGAAAAUGUAACAGCCCUGGUAGUCCAGUGGAAUCCACCUUGCAAUGCAGAGAACUUGGGUUCGAUCCCUGGUUGGGAAACUUAAGAUCCCACAUGCCAAGGAGCAACAGUUCCCACACCGCAACUACAGAAUCCGUGCACUGCAAGGAAAGAUCCCAGAUGACGCAACUAAGACCCAACGCAGCCAGAUAAAUAAAAUAUUUAAAAAGAAAAUAUGAGCAAAAGCAAUGUGACUAUGUUCUUUACCCCAGCAGAUCUCUUAAAUUUUCCUUCCUGACAACCUGCUUUUUUGGGAAGACAAUGCAGUGUGCCAGUAAGACUUGCUUGGCACUCCUCUUCCUCUGAACAUCCGUUAAAAAAUGCCCUUUCUGCUCAAAACUAUUCCUUUUCUUUCCACUGAGUGAGCCUGCAUUUGCAUCUUCCAGUCCUCAGUGCCUGCUGCUGUUCAGUCUGUCGGCAAUGCCUACAGUGUGAUGGGCUCUUGGCUAGGUCCUGGGGCACCAGAAAGAAACCUCAUUCUCAAGGGGCCCGUGGACAAAAUCCAGUGAACAGACCGUGACUAAGCAGAGUGAUCAGUGCCGCACCCCUGUGUGUUAACCCCAGAGUGCCAGCCCGAGGAAUUGAGGAGGCAUUCCCUAGGCAAUGACCCCACUAAAAUCAAGUCUUAGUGAUUGGACAAGAGCUCUGUCACCCAAGAAGGAGUUUGACCUGCCUUCAACUGAACAGCUGGUGCAAAUCUUAGAGCCUGUGAGCCAAAACACCCUGGGAUGACUCCACUUUAUCCCCAUCUCCUCCCUUCAGCCAGGAUCCAUUCACCACCCCUCCCCCAGCACUGGCUACAUUGCUGUGGCCACAUUAAGACUUGGCCCCAGAUGGAGGGUGAGUGAGGAAGCUGUUGUGCCAAUAUGACUGAGUGAAGCUGCCAAAGGUCCCAGAAGGAGGAAGUGGAUAAGUGCCUUAUUCUUUUAAGGAUACAGCAGCCUCAGGUCUUAUCAGGGGCCAGGAGCUUCCUCACUCCUUCCCCCACUUCUGACCAAGUCACAGUGUGCCUUGGCAGCGCAGGGAACUGUGGGGGACGGGGAGGAGGACCUGUAGAACUGGGCUAGAGUGGAGGCAUGUUGCACUAUCCCAAGCAGGAAGCAGUGGUGGUUUAGGCUAGCGUGGUGGUAGCAGAAAUGGAAUGAAGAUUUGAGAGACAUUGUUGAGCAGAACCAGCAGGACUUGAUGAUAAAAUACGUUCAAGAAAAGGGAAGAAUUGGCUUUCAACCAUAAGCAUCCACCCCCAGGGUGGACUUACUCUCUUCCCAGCAACCCUAGAAACCAUAUGGCCCAGGACUCUGCCUACUACUCAGCAAGUAGGUUUCAGGUUGAUAAGGAAAGACUUCCUGUGGUGGAACUGAAAGAGGAAGCCACUAACCCAGUACUGCCUAGGAGGCUGUGGGAGAAGGAAGAUGGCCAGAGCUCUGUGUCUACUUCGUGCCCUCUGGCUUCUGGAGUGGGUGCAGCUGCUUUUGGGACCUGGUGCUGUGCCUCCAACCUGGGCCUUGAACCUGGAUUCAGUGCAGUUCACCGUCUACACAGGCCCUAAUGGCAGCCACUUUGGGUUUUCACUGGACUUCUACAAGAACAGCAAUGGGAGUGUGUCCGUCGUGGUGGGCGCCCCACGGACCCUGGGCCGCAGAGAGGAGGAGACCGGCGGCGUUUUCCUGUGCCCCUGGAAGGCCGAGGGCGGCCAGUGCAUCUCGCUGCCCUUCGACCUCUAUGAUGAAACGCGAAGCAUAGGCACCCAAACUUUCCAAACCUUCAAGGCUGGGCAAGGACUCGGGGCGUCGGUCGUUAGUUGGAGAGACAGCAUUGUGGCCUGCGCCCCCUGGCAGCACUGGAACGUCCUAGAUAGGAACGAGGAGGAGGCUCAGAAGACGCCCGUAGGUGGCUGCUUCGUGGCUCAGCUCCAAAACGGCGACCGCACAGAGUACUCGCCCUGCCGGGCCAACAAAAUGAGCCAGUUUUACGAGAGAAAUUAUUUCAGAGACGACAGGCGUUACUGCGAAGCCGGCUUCAGCUCGGUAGUCACUCAGGCUGGGGAGCUGGUGCUUGGGGCUCCUGGCGGGUACUAUUUCGUAGGUCUCCUGGCGCGGGCUCCAAUCGCCGAUAUCAUCUCAAGUUACCGCCCAGGCACCCUUUUGUGGCACGUGCGCACCCAGUUCACCUACGACCAGAGUCACUUACAAUACUACGAUGGCUACCGGGGGUACUCCGUGGCCGUGGGCAACUUCGACGGAAAUCCCAACACUACAGAGUAUGUCUUCGGUGCCCCCACCUGGAGUUGGACUCUGGGAGCGGUGGAAAUUUUGGACUCGUACCACCAGAUGCUGCACCAGCUGCAUGGAGAGCAGAUGGCUUCAUAUUUUGGGCACUCAGUGGCCGUCACUGACGUCAAUGGGGAUGGGAGGCAUGACCUCUUGGUGGGUGCACCACUGUACAUGGAGAGCCGUGCUGACCGCAAGCUGGCCGAGGUGGGGCGUGUGUACUUGUUCCUGCAGGCUCGAGGCGCCCGAAUGCUGGGGGCCCCCAACCUACUGCUGACUGGCACACAGCUCUAUGGGCGAUUUGGCUCAGCCAUUGCACCUCUGGGAGACCUCAACCGGGAUGGGUACAACGAUGUUGCAGUAGCCGCCCCCUACGGGGGUCCCAGCGGUCAAGGCCAAGUGUUGGUGUACCUGGGUCAGAGUGAGGGGCUUAACCCAUCCCCCUCCCAGGUCCUAGACAGCCCCUUCUCCACAGGCUCUGGCUUUGGUUUCUCCCUUCGAGGUGCCACAGAUAUCGAUGACAACGGAUACCCAGACCUGCUUGUGGGAGCUUACGGGGCUAGCAAGGUCGCGGUAUACAGGGCUCAGCCGGUGGUGAUGGUCACUGUCCAGCUGAUGGUGCAAGAUUCACUGAACCCUGCUGUGAAGACUUGUGUCCUGUCCCAGACCAAGACCCCAGUGAGCUGCUUUAACAUCCAGAUGUGUGUGGGAGCCACUGGGCACAACAUUCCCGAGAAGCUGCACCUGAAUGCCGAGCUGCAGCUGGACCGGCAGAAGCCCCGCCAGGGCCGGCGGGUCCUACUGCUGGACUCUCAGCAGGCAGGCACCAUCCUGGACCUGGAUCUGAGAGGCAGACACAACCCCAACUGCUCCACCGCCACGGCCUUCCUCCGAGAUGAGGCCGACUUCCGGGACAAGCUAAGCCCUAUCGUGCUCAGCUUUAGUGUGUCCCUGCCGCCGGAGAAGGAUGGAGGAGCCCCUGCUCUCGUGCUGCACGGAGACACCCACGUCCAGGAACAGACCCGCAUCAUUCUGGACUGUGGGGACGAUGACCUGUGUGUGCCGCAGCUGCAGCUCACCGCCAGCGUCCCCUGGGCUUGGACCCAGCCUCCUUGGCUUUACUCCCUUCUCAACCGCCACAGGAAGGGCUCCCCACUCCUAAUUGGAGCCGACAACGUGCUGGAGCUGCGAAUGGAUGCGGCCAAUGAGGGUGAGGGAGCCUACGAGGCUGAGCUGGCUGUGUACCUGCCCCCAGGCGCCCACUACAUGCGGGCUGUCAGCAACAUGGAGGGGUUUGAGAGACUCAUCUGUAACCAGAAGAAGGAGAAUGAGACCAAGGUGGUGCUGUGUGAGCUGGGCAACCCCAUGAAGAGUAACGCCCAGAUAGAAGUCAUAAUGUGGGUGAGCGUGGAGAAGCUGGAAGAGGCUGGGGAGCAGGUGUCCUUCCUGCUGCAGAUCAGGAGCAAGAACAGCCAGAAUCCAAAUAGUGAGAUGGUGGAGCUGGAUGUGCCAGUCCGGGCAGUGGCCCAUGUGGAGUUGAGAGGGAAUUCCUUUCCAGCCUCCCUGGUGGUGGCUGCAGAAGAAGGCAAUGGGCAGAACAGCUCUGACAGCUGGGGCCCCAAAGUGGAGCACACCUACGAGCUCCACAACAAUGGCCCUGGUGCUGUAAGUGGUCUCCGCCUCAACCUCUACCUCCCCAGCCAGUCACAGCCCUCAGACCUGCUCUACAUCCUGGAUAUUCAUCCACAGGGAGGCCUUCAGUGCGCCUCAGAGCCCUCUCCCAACCCCCUCCAGCUGGAAUGGAGGCUGCCCACCCCCAGCCCUUCCCCAGCCCACCACAAGCGGGAUCGCAGACAGGCCGUCCUGCUGGAGGAGAAGCAGCCCUCAAGGCUCCAAGAUCCAAUCUUGGUGAGCUGCGACUCGGCGCCCUGUACUGUGGUGCAGUGUGAGCUGCAGGAGAUGGCACGCGGGCAGCGGGUCAUGGUCACGGUGCUGGCCUUGCUGUCAAUGCCCAUCCUCCAAGAGAGGCCCCUGGAUCAGUUUGUGCUGCAGUCGCACGCUUGGUUCAACGUCUCCUCCUUUCCCUACUCCGUGCCUGCCCUCAGCCUGCCCAGCGGGGAAGCUCUGGUGCAGACGCAGCUGCUUCGGGUCUCGGAGGAGAGAGAGAUUCCAAUAUGGUGGGUGCUGGUAGGCGUGCUGGGCGGCCUGCUGCUGCUCACAUUCCUGAUCCUGGCCAUGUGGAAGGUUGGCUUCUUCAAGCGGAAUCGUCCACCCUUAGAAGAAGAUGAUGAAGAGGAGUGAUGAGCCCACACAUCUCUGUCCUGGCAGCAAGGCUGGGUGUGAUGUUGUGUCCCUUCUCCAAUGAGUGCCCCCACCCCGCCCCCGCCCCGUCUCUGGUUGCCCAAGGCUGGGAGGAUGACAUUCUAAUAGUGGAGAUGGAGAUCAGAUGGACCCUGAGUCAUCUACUUAGGCCAGCAUCUCUCUGCCUCCUGAUGUCCUCUCCCUCCCUUCAGAGCUGAGUCACCCCCUCUUCUGCUGCCUAAUAAAGAACUUGGAACCCA